AUGCUGCUCAACUUGUCGGAGAGGUCGCCUGCUGGUACUCCUUGGCGAUCUCAUGCUAGCUCGGGGCGAUGCUACGAGGAGGAUUUACUGCCGUUGUUAGCUCCGACCCCUGUUUUGUCUGAUGAGGCAGCGACCCAGCCUACUGAGUUUGUUCCCCCUCGUAUGUCCAUCCACUGUCAGGGGACAUACGGUCCUAUUGAGGAGAUGAUCCCUUCGGAUCCUAAGGAUCAGUGUUUCUUCUUGCGCAAGGUGGUUAUGGCGAUGGCGAGGUGCAUAGACACCUUUCGGAGCCAGCUAGUGCGGAUGAGGAAUGUGGCUUCCUAUCGUCGCGAUGACACCGUUCGCGAGGUUGCUUUUCCUCUUUAUUUCUGCAUUUUUUGUAUUUCUAUUUUCCAACCUAUUCCUUCCCGUACUCGGACGAGACCUGAGGUUCGGAGAAAGCUGGCUAGGUCUAGCUCGAGGCGUCACCGCACUACUUCUGGUGGUCGGGGUGGUCGAUCUAAUGCUGCUCGGACCGAGGCGGUGGAGGGCUCGGUCUAUUCAUCUGAGAGUGCACAGGUUGGGCCGAUGGGCCAGGGAGAGGCGACAUCGGCUUCGUUUUAUUUACUGAAGGAACACUUUGUGAUUCCUCCUGGUGCGGAAUAUGACAACCAGGCUCUCAAGCGUGCCAAUAAAUGUUGGAGGCAAUACAAAUACUCUUUGAAACGGCAAUAUUAUAAGCCAGAACAGAAGACAUUGGAUCAGAUUUGCAAUAAUGUGCCACAUGGAAUUACUAGUAGUAAUUGGGUAAAGUUAGUGAAAUAUUGGGAUUCAGAUAAAGGGAAAGAUAUGUCAGAAUGCGGUAAAAAAGCACGAGCCUCCCAAGACCAGUUUCAUACAUCUGGCUCUAAAAGUUUUGCAAAGCGACAAGCUGAUUAUGAAGAUGAACAUGGAAAGAAAAUGAGCUUGUUAGAGCUGUGGAUUAAAACCCAUACGGGUAAAGACGAAAGCUUUCUUCCUAACACAGUCACCGAAUAUUUUGUGGAUGAUGUUAAAGCUAAGGUUGAAGAGCUGAGGAUGAUGCACCCUAAGAUGUCUGAACAAGAGCUCGAAGAUGAAGCAUUUCAGCAAACUAUGUAUGGCAACGAGAUUCCAGAUCGUCCUGUGGGUUACGGAUUAGAGGUUAAAAAGGGGGACAUUUUUGGAGUACGUGGUGUGUUAAGGAAGGAAGGGUAUGGAAAAGUUCAAAAGAGGAAUAUUGUGAUGGAUAGUGUUAAAGAAGAAGUGAAUGCUUUGCACAAAAAAAAUGAUACACUAUCCCAAGAAAAUGAAAAGAUGAAAGACCGGGUCGGCCACAACAGUCUUCUUCUUAAAGCGCUUGUUGGAAAUUUUCUCAGAUUGUAGGUGCAGUUCGUCAAGGGAAUGCAUCUCCGGAUCUUUUAAACAAAGCAUCUGAGUUCUUAGGGAAGGCUAAGCAUCAGAUUGGAAAAGGCAAUGUAGGUGCAACAACAGAAUAGACCGGGACACUUGAGCAUCAAAACAAGCGACUACAUCGUCUAUAACACCAUCAUCUAUCUAUUUUGGUUAUUAGUCUUAAUUAUAUUAGUGAUGUAUUUGUUAGGGAAAAGCUACGAUAAUAUGCGACUUUUUUGUAAAAAAAAAUUAACUGUGUUGAUAUUUUGGUUUAUAAAUUUGGUAAUUUAAUCAACUACGUACUCUUAUUAUUGUUGAUAAAU